AUGACACAACGUUUACUAUCGAAUCCAGAAGAAUCAUCAUCAUCUCAUCAGUCACUUGUUCAAGUUGAAGAUUUAUUACUACAGCAUCCUAAUAAAAAUUCUCCAACAUUAUCAAUACAUAUUAAAUUUCAAAGUAAAAGUUUAGAUGAUUUACAAAUUCAUAGACAAUAUCGUCGAAAACAAUCAAAUGAUAAUCAUGUUUCAAAUACAACACGAACAGAAAUGGAUUUAACUGGUAUUGGUUGUAAUGAAGAUAUUGAGAUUGAUGAUAAUCAGAUAUAUACAGAUGAUGAAGAUGAAGAUCUACAACAACAAAGAAGUCAUUCGGCACCUGUAUCACCAACAAAAAUCUAUGAUAAAGAAUUAGCUGCAUUCAUUCAAUGUGAACAACAACAACAAAAGCAAUUAAUGCCUGAUAGUUUUGUUUAUAGUAUUGAUCUAUCUGAUACCGAUGAAACAAUACAUCAAUCUCAUUCACGUACAGCAAUAUUCUUUGAUGAUGAUUAUUUAUCAGAAGGUAUUCCUUAUGAACCACCAGUGAAUAUCGUUCAUUCAUGUUUAACAAUUACUGAAGAAAACGAAGAAGAACUUGAACAAUUACGACGUGAUGAUGAUGAAGAAGAACAAAAAAGACAAAAUCAUUUAUUAAAAAUAAAUGAUGGGUCCGUACCAACUGUAACAUUACAUGAUAAUGAUGAUCGAGCUGAUAUACUUGAGAAUGAUGAUCAGAUAAAUGAUAGUGAAUCACAAAUAAUAAUUAUGAAUACUACAAAUAAUUUUGAUAUAAAUCAAGAUAUUGAUAAACGUCUUUCAACUAUUUAUGAAUCUCCAAGUCCACAACCUCGAACAGAAGAAGAUGAUGAGGAAAUUUAUGAUGAUACAUAUGAUAAACUGAUCGUAUAUGACAUUGCGAAUGUUGAAAAACUACCAGUUAUCAGUCCCAAAUCUGAACCAAUUAAAUCUCCGUCUUCAUUAUAUCGAUCUCCAUUACUUGAUCGAACUCGUCUAUGUUCAUAUUAUACAGAUGCAUCAUUUAAACCAUGUUCUAUGUUAACUAAUACUUUAUCAGUAUCUCGUUUAUGUGGAACAUCAGCAAUGAUCAAUUCAAAAGUUUUUACUCCUCCAUUUAUAAAUACAAACGACAAAUCAUCUGUAUCACCGGUGAUCAAUACACAAAAUAAUUAUAUUAAUAAAUCUCUAGCUUCAUUACCAACCGAUCAACUACCACCAUCAAGAUCUACACCUAUGUCAUUAUCCGUUCCAAUGCUACUUUUACCUACAACAAAUGAACUAAGUGCAUGCAUGAUGGACAAUAAUAAAUUAAUGCCAUCUCAACAUCAUAUUAAAACAAUGAAAGUAAUACAAUCUACAUCAUCAAGCCUAUCUGAUUUUAUUAUGCCCGCCCCAGCAUCGAUGUUAAAUAGCACAGUGCAUUACGAAGAAGUAGCAAGUAUUCAUCAUUCUUUAACUGAUUGUUCAUCGACUCCUCAUAUAUCUUGUUGUGCACCAAUACUUGAUGAAGAUCUAUCAACAACAAAUAAAUCAUCCGAAGAUAAUCAACGUCGUCCAUCAUUUACUCGUCGUAUUCUAACAAAUGGUUUACUAUUAUCACAUUGUUCAAGUCAUAAUCCAACUCAACGACGAGCUCAACCACCUCUAACAUUUAAUCAACAUCGACAACAAGUCAAACCAAAAAGUGAAGAAAAAUUAUCAACAUUAUCCUCCCCGAUCGGUUCAUCUUCCUCAUCAUCAGAAUCGAAUUCCCCAACAGGUGAAAAAUUUAUGUCAAGAUCUGAUUUUAUUCUUCAACAACAACAACAACAGCAACAACAACAACAACAAAAUAUUUCUCAACAACGUAAAGCUUCUAGUCUAAAAACAAUUUCUGCAACAUCAAAUCAACAACCAUCAAAAAUUCUCUAUCCUAUUGAUUUCGAAACAAAUCAUAAUGAUGAAUCUUGGUAUCAAAAACAUGCAUCACCAUCAACAUCAAAUGGACAUCAAAAUAAAGUUCCAACAUCAGAUUCUGGUAUUGUCAUAGAUACAACUGUUACACGGCCAACAUCAAAUUCAAGUAUUGAAGGAAAUGAUGCUGAUGGUAUUCCUAUUGAUAUUACGAAUAAUGGUAAAUUAAAACAAUACGAAAGUAACUAUCGAAAAACAUUGGCAGAUUUAACUAUUAUCAAAAAAAAUAUUGUUGACAUUGAAAGUCGUCUUAGUGAAGCUAUGCGUGAGCUUGAAAUUGAACGUGCAUUGGUUGAAGGAGAACACGAGUUGGUAUUUAAACAAAUUUUAGAUGAUAGUGAAAUUGAUCAAGACAAAAUUCGACAUUUAUAUAAUGAUUUACAAUUAUUAACUGAUCGAAUAAUGACAGAAAAAACAUCUAUUCGAAAUGAAAUUGAUUAUACUCAACAAAUCCUUUUUAAACUUGAAUAUGAAUUACGUGAACUCGAAGAACAAUAUCGACCGUCGGAUGAUAAAAUUCUCAAAAAGAAAGAAAUUCUUGCUGAGACACGUAGAAAACAUGAAGAUCUAGAAUUUCAAUUAAUGGAAUUAGAAACACGUUGUGAAACUGAACUUGAACAAGCCGAAGAACAUUUUCAAAAUGAACAAAUUCUUGUUGCACAAAAUUCGAAAAUUCGACAGAAUACUUUACGUGAUCUUGAUCAUCAACAAAAUAUAAUAUUACAUCAAGUUAUAAUCGAAAAAGAAAAAUUGGAACGAGAAAAACAAAAACUUAAAUUAUUAUUUAAACAAAAAACAUUCGAAGCUAAUGAAUUAGAACAAAAAAUCAAUGGAUUAUCAUCAAUUCAUGAAAAAAAUAUUUAUGAAAAUGGACAUCAUCUGCAAGCAACAAAUGGAAAAGAUGUUUGGUUGAAUGGUAAUACAUCAAUGUAUCAUUCAACUCCAUCAAGUAUUUACAAUGCAUUGAAUUAUGCAGAUGAUAUUUCAUUACCAAAAUUGAAUAUAAAAGAUAAUCAUCAAGAAAAAUUAGAUGAAAUUAAGGAAAUGAUUGCGAUUGCUAAACUUGAAAAAAUGACAAUUCUAGAACAACAAUUACGUGAACGUUAUGAUGAACUCGUUCAAUGUCAUGAUGAACAUUUAAAACGUGUUGAAUUAGAACAAAAAUUAGCUAAUGAAAUUCAAAAUCGUGAUUAUCUUAUUGAAUGUCAAGUUAAAUUACGUGAAAAAAGUCGAAUGCAGGAACGUCCAUUAACACGUUAUUUACCCAUACGUUCAAUUGAUUUUGAUCUUCGUGCACAUAUUGAAGGUGCUGGACAUUUAUUAGAUUCAUCACAUAUACAUAUAACAUCAACAUCAUGUCGUGGUUUUCUUCUUAAAAUGGGUGGAAUGAAAUUUAAAACAUGGAAUCGUCGUUGGUUUGUAUUUGAUCGUAAACGUCGUUCAUUAUUUUAUUAUCAAGAUAAAACUGAAACAAAAUUACGUGGUUGUAUUUAUUUUCAAUCAAUUGUUGAAGUUUACGUUGAUCAUUUACAAUCAAUAUCAUUAAGAUCACCUGAACCACGUGAAGCAACAUUUAUUGUUAAAACAAUUGAACGUCCUUAUUAUUUAGUUGCACCGACAGUUGAGUCAAUGCGUAUAUGGGUUGAUGUUAUUAUAACAGGUGCUGAAGGCAAUACAUUUGCCGGAGAAAGUUAA